ACGCCCUCCACACUUCUUCCACGCUUUUCUCCUCCUCGCCUACUCCUCCACUGCUCCCUGUCAACUCCGUCUACACAGCAAAGGCUCCCUUCACCGAUUCCAUGGCUGCCGCUGCUCCCAGGCGGGCUCAGAAGACUAGUACUCUACCCCCACACCGCCGUGGCUGUCAUCUUAUUACUCCAAAGAUUGAAUUAUAUAUGUUUACAUAUAUUUAUAUCAUCUCAGUGCAUCACGCAAGCGCCUCUCUCACUAUCAAGGAGAAUUACGACUCUGAUGUUCGAGACGACACGGAGACUUUCCUCUACAAAAUUGUUCCCGAGGGAAGAUCUGCCCUUGGAAGCAGACCAUCGAAGGUCAGUUGUCCUCUGUUUCACUCUUAAUUUUAAACGCAAUGAAUCAUCUUCUCAUUUUGGUUUCUUUCCUCCCACUCGAGGGAUUGCAAAAAGUAGUGCUAUUUUUAUUCUAAUUUCAUUUCUAUUUACCAUGUUUCUA